AUGAUGAUUCUUGUACUCUGUGCCGUGCUCGCCGGGCUGUACAUCACUGGAACAGCCCUUCGUGAUCUAUUCUUCCAUCCUCUGCAUCGGAUUCCUUGCCACUGGCCAUGGGUUGCCUUCCCCCUGCUGCGCCACAUAUCAGCCGUCCGAGGCAACGUGGAUCUCGAUAUCAAGCGGUGGCACGAACGAUACGGUCCGGUCGUGCGGUUCUCACCAGAUGAGGUGUCUUUCAUCAACUCGGAAGCAUGGGAUGAGAUUUAUGGCCGCCAUGACCGCCGCUACUCUCUUCCAAAGUCCAAGUUCUCAACUAGCAACACUGCGGAUAUUAUCAAUGCGAACGAUACAGAUCACGCCAGAUAUCGCAAGGCGCUCGCCCAUGGGUUCUCCGUCAGGGGAGUCCGUGAACAAGAGUCUAUGAUCCGGAGUCAUCUCGAUAAGCUUAUAGUACAGCUCCAGUCCUCUGCGGAUUCACGCCAGUCCAUUGAUCUGGUUACUUGGUAUCGACUGACCACAUUCGAUAUUAUAGGCGAACUUGCUUUUGGCGAGCACUUCGGUGGCCUCGACCGGGGAUCUUACCAUCCAUGGGUUGCCUUUAUGACCAAGUACACGCGCCUGAUUCCCUUUUUCAAAGCCAUGGAUACCUAUCCAGUUAUCUUCCGUACCGCGUUCGCCUUGAUAUCUUCCAAUUCCGAGGCGAUCAACGAACAUAUGCAGUAUAGUCAGGAUCUAGUCCAGAAACGUAUCCACGCGACUUCGUCGAGCGUUCAGGGCCGCCCGGACUUUGUGGACUCCAUCAUGCGCCAACAAGGUACAAAGAACGAGAUGUCCGAGAGGGAGAUUGAGGCCAAUGCCAGCGUUAUUAUCAUUGCAGGGAGCGAGACUCCAGCCGAUCUACUAUGCGCGGUGACAUACUGGCUUCUACGGACACCCGAGGUCCUUCUUCGUGUCCGGAACGAGCUGCAAGAUGCCUUUGCCACCCCAGCUGAAAUCACCUUCGAUGCCGUCGCCACAAAGCUGCCGCUUCUGACAGCAUGCCUUAAUGAGGCUUUGCGGCUAUAUCCCUCCGUUCCCGGUGGCUUGCAGCGCGUGACAGAAGCUUCAACGACCCUCAAGGGGUUUACUAUCCCUCCUUACACCCAGGUCGGCCUCCACCAGCUCUCAGCAUACACCUCACCGUCCAAUUUUCGCCGCCCAGAUUGCUUCCUCCCAGAGCGUUGGAAUACAGAAGUACCCAGUAACCCGGCGUCGCCCUUUUACAAUGACAACCGCGAGGUAUUCCAACCCUUCUCGGCCGGGCCUCGCAACUGCAUUGGCAAGAACAUGGCAUACGCAAUAAUGCGAACCGCGCUUGCCAGAAUGCUGUGGGAAUUUGACCUAGAGCUGUGCGUUGAGAGUGAGAACUGGCAUGUACAGAAGACAUAUGGAUUAUGGGACAAGAAGCCGUUGCUUUGCCAGCUGCGCAAAAGGGCAGGGCCAAGAGAUUAG